AUGUGCCACACCAGCUGCUCCACGGGCUGCCAGCCGGCCUCCUGCUCCCCCAGCUCCUGCCAGACGUCCUGCUACGUGCCCGUGAGCUGCAGGCCCGCCGUGUCCGUGAGCUGCAAGCCCGCCCUGUACGUCGUCCCCUCCUGCCAGUCCUCUGUGUGUGUGCCCGUGAGCUGCAAGCCCCUCGUGUUCAUGGCCUCCUCCUGCCAGUCCUCCGGGGGCUGCCAGCCCUCCCGCCCCACCCUGCUCUACAGACCCGUCUCCUGUAGCACCCCGUCCUGCUUCUGA